GGCGUCACGGCCGUGCCGCCCCGCCACUGGCCCGCGCGGCCGCCGGCGCCCGAGGAGCGCGCGGCAGCAGCCGCUGGGAAAACCGCGGCGCUGGGCGAGGCCGAGGAGGAGGCUGCGGCAGCGGACGCCAAGCCGGGAGCCCGCCUGGACUCGUGCACGGCGUUCGUCUCCCGUGCGGAGCGCCGCCUUGCAGCGGUGCGCGCGGACGUGGAGGUUGCGGAGGCGGCCGCCGCGGCCGCUCGGGCGCGAGUCGCGGAAUUGGACGAGGAGCUCCAGGAGGGCAAGCGGCGCUUGGAGGAGCUCCGGGAAAGCGCGCCCGCGGACGGGCUCUUGCCCGGCGUCCUGGCGGACGUGCGCACCGUGCUGGAUGUUUUGGAGCGGCUGCCGAUGGCGGGCCAUGUCGGCGCUGGCCCCGCGCUGCCGGCGGCGGCCUUGCAGGCCUGCGCGGCGCUGCGGCGGCACUGCGGCGCGCCCCCGGACGGCCGCAGCCCAGAGGAGCUCAUUGACGGGCCGCUGGAGCUCCCGCCGGACGGCGGCGCACAGGCGCGCCCUG